AGGGGAAAGGGGCAGAGGGGGGGGGAGGCAACAGGGUCGGCCGGGGCCUGAAGCGCUUGUUUAGCGGGAGCGGAGGGGGCAGCCACUAUAGGGCGCGUAGACAGUCGCCAUGACGAGGGCGGGAUGAAGUUUACGAGACGAGAAGCAAGAAGGAUCACGAGCGUGACGGGAACGACGUAAAUAGGGACGACACGAAGAAAUGGAACAGACGAAAAAUCGGGGAAAGAGGCCGGAGGAUCCGGUAAUGAUGUCGUGUGCGAACCCGGGAACCCCGGCCCGGCGUCCGUGGCCGGCUUCUUUUUCUUUUUUUUUCUUUUUUGGGUUCGAAACGUCGCCCCCUCCUCCUCACGCCCCGUCCCAGCCUUUUUCCUCUCUGGACAGGUCCGGUCGGAUGGCCUGUUCAUCUACUGCCUGUCGCUUCCGGGUCUAUUUUCCCUUUCCCGUUCUCGGGUAUCGAGGGAGGAGAUUCGUGCAGGGAUGCGAGAAAGGGAUUUGUUUUUGUCCUUUUUUUUUCCAUCGCGAACGAGCUCUUUUUUCUUCCUUUUGGGGGACGGAUGACUGGCUAGGCGGGGCAGCACGUCGGGUACGAUGCGAUGCGAUGCGAUUACGAUACGAUAUACCUUGGUCCACCUUGGGGGUUUUUUUUUGCGGAGUCCAAAAUGAAAGAAAGAGAGGGCGCAUGCGAGGAGGCAGAGCGGACGACGAGGGACGGGCGAGACGGCACGAAGGCGCGGAGGGCGAGGCGAGGCGUGAUACCGGGGUGCUACGAUGUACCGGGUUGGAAGCAGGGGUAUACGAAAAGAGACGGAGCAAUUUUGACUGACGAGUUACGACGUUCGGCGUGAAGACGGAACGGGUGGCUGGCGCCGCGAGAAGCAAGGCAGGCGGCCUGGGAGGAGGAGGGGGGAG